UUCUUCAGUCUGUUAACGGCACGCCAACGAUGCAGACGCGGCUAAAAACCAGCUCCGGCUAACUGUUAAUACAAGCUAAUAACUUGAUCUGUAAGUGUAACACUCAUACGUAUCGAUCAUACGCACAGUGGUACCAGCGACAUUUGAUUUUUGUCUUUUGCCGAAAGUGCGUGCGACAUCCUGCCGUUUCAAGUGGUUUAGUUCAAAGUGAAAUUGAAGAAAUCAAAAAAUAUAUAAAAAUAUAAAUCGCUUGGAUUGCUGUUAAGUUGGCGAACUAGGCAAAUUAAGGUCUUAAUUGAAUUAAGCCAAGUGAAAGAGAAACAUCAGCCGCUGUCCAGGAAGAAGAAGAAGAAGCAGCAGGGGAGAGUGUUACCUCGACGAUCUUCGGGCCAAGUUAGUUAGCUGUCGACUGCUGCCGCUGUUUAUGGCAUUUAAGCUAUGAAGCAAGGCAUGCAACUCACCGCCGCCUGGCUGUGCUUAUUAGCCACGGCUUGUCUAGCUCAAAAUCAAGAGUCCUCCGCGAAAUGGUCACGGCAACUGGAGAAUGUAGCCACAUCCGAUACGGAUUCAUUGGAUUGGGUGCCCCUAGCCCAACCCCUGGAUGGCAGCAAGGAUCGCACGGGUAAUGGACGCGUCUUGACCUACUCACAGACCUUCCCGCCCAGCGCUCGCUUCGGGGAUCUGACCAAGACGGGCUCCCAGUUCGACUAUCCCUUCCAGUUCCAGCGGUAUCCCAAUGGAGCGGGUCAGGCACUACCACUUCGCCAGGCUGCGCCACCACCGCCUUCUUCGCUGAAGGGAUCUGGAGUGGGUCAGGAGCCCACCUCGCAGUCCUUCUUCAAGUUCGAGAUGCCCUUCCACAGUAAUGGCGAGGGUCAGGCCCAGGCGCCACCCACUCUGCAAACGGGCUACCAAAUUCAGCACACUUUUGGAGCCGGAACUGGGGGCUUUCCAGCUCCUUCUUCCAUCUUCAGUCCUCCAUCUCUCUUCGGACAACAGCAGGGACAACCUUUUGGCUCUGACUUCCAUUCGCUGAGCUCCCAGAAGCCCUUGGCUCAGGCUCUGAACAAGCCGCUCCAUCAGCAGAACUACAUCCAGGACAUCCUGCCUCCAAAGACCCUGGGAAAACCGCUGCCCACACAGCCUUCGCUGCAGAGCGUUACCCCGCAAGUUUUUCCCGUGGAUCCCGAAGCGGAUACCCUUUUCGGAUCGAACAAGGCAGCUCCAUCGGCUGCCCCAUCCUCCUCUCGAGAUCAGGAAGUGCAGUUGCUUUAUGUGCCCUACGAUACCCUGUACAACCAGCAGCGCCAGCAAUCGGGAUCUGGAUCGAACUCCAACUUCGAUGUGAACAAGUUUAAUGUGAAUCCGGGUCUGCCGGCGGUGAAUCCCUACCAGAUCAACCAGUUCUACACCCAAGAUCCCACUGUGGGCAGUGACUAUUUCAGCACGGGAACCACUUCAAGACCUAGUACCACCACCAGUCAGCCACAGAGCAUCUUCCAGAGCUUUGGACAGCCACAGCCUCAACUGCAGUCGCAAACGCAGACUCAGUUCACUACACCGAAACCCAAGCCAAAGGCCCAUCAGCCUCCUCUGGCCAUGUUCCUGCUGCGUUCCAGUUCGCGUCCCUCUCACUCAGAUGUGGUCACUGCCCUGAGGAGUGCCCACAGCAUUUCCGUCAUUGAUUCGCCCACCAAGCAGACGCCGGAGAUUUUUGUGGGACCCGCAGGCAUGCCCAUUCCCGAUGGCUAUGUCAAGUUCGAUCUGCCUUAUCUUUCGCAACUGACCUCCAAUCGCGAUUUGAGUGAUGUGUCCUUCUUUGUGGCGCCUCUAAGCUACCGUACACCCAAUGGUUUUAAUAAGAUCCUGCUUCCCGAACCUCAUGUGGGUUCCAUUGUGGUCAAUAGGGCUAAGGAUAUCGCGGGUAGCCAACAAGUAUCACCUGCUGUGCGUCCCCAACGUCCAUACGCUGCCGUGAGUAGCACUCGUAAUCCCUUCGAGAGCACCACUCAGUCGCAGAUCCAGGCUCAAGGUCAGGUUCCCGAGCGUGGCAACAAGUUCAGCUACUACUAUGUGCAGGAUGGCAUCCAGGAGGUGAGCUCUCCCAAGAUUCCCGCCAAGCAGGAGCGACACAAGAAGAAGCGUCCCCAGAGUGUCCAGGUGCAGCAGCCCCUCUACCGUCCCUCGCCAACCAAGGCCCAAAGUCAGAAUCCCUUCGAUACCCUCAAUCAGAUUGGAGGAGAUGACUUCUUCAAGACCCUGGGCAGCAAACCCACCACUAGCUCUACUUCCAGUACCUCUACGUCGACCACAACAUCCACCACUUCCACGACGGCUGCUCCACAAUCCCUGUUUACGUAUAGCACGCGACCUCAGAUCGAAUUCCCCGGCUCCAGUGGCCAGUUGUAUCCCCAGUAUGUCCAGGAACCAGUGCAGGAGCAACUUCCCCGACUAACCACCAGACCUCCAACUGCCUCCACGGCUGAGGAGGAGCACCGCAUGAAGCAAUACUUCCGUCAGCAGGACGCUUUCCGCCAGCGCCCACAGACCACCAGCCCUCCGUUUGAAUACACUCCAAGCUCUGCCGAUUACGAGGCUCCUCUGCCCACAACCACAACUACUCAGAGGAUCAAGACCAAGCAGAGGAUUAAUCUGUACACCCCCGCUGCAGUUCCGGUCACCACUUCGGAUGUGGGCUAUAACAAUGUGGAGCAGCAGGCGCCGUUGAACCAUCGCCCCAGCUACAACCAAGUUCAAAACGAGAUUCUGGAUAACAGCAAUGUGGAGUACGAACCGAAUCCCUACCAUGUGCCCUCGGAACUGCCAGCUCUGACUCCCGAUAUUCCCGGACUGGUUAACAAUCUGCAGGAGAAGGAUAAGUUGCAGCCACCUGUCCCAACUACUCCUUUGGCCGAACUGGAACCGGAAACGCGACCGACGAGGAGACCUGUGCUGCGCACGCGUAAGCCAGCAGUGACCAAGGUGACCUCCUCUGUUUCCUACUCAGAGUCGGAGUCCAGUGGCAAGCUGCCCACGCACCGGAUUAGGAGGCCAUACAGCAGCCGAGGAACGACAGCGCCAGACGCCUCCACCGGCAGCGGAGAUGGUGGCGAGGAGUCAGCAGUGACCCCCACCCGUCGACCCACCAGUGCCCGAAACCCACUCAUCCGCAACCCCAAUCGCAUCCGCUACAGGCCUACAACCGAAGAGCGCCACACCCUGAAAACGAAGCCCAGGAAGGGUUCAAAGAACGGCAAGCCACACGAAGAUCAGGACAUCGACUACCAAAGGGAUGUGCUGAAGCAGAACUACCCGGUGUUCAAGGCUUCGUCCAGGCGACCCACCAGCCCCACGGCAAUUCCCAGCUCCUACGAUGUGCAGGCCACCACCGAGGGACCCGCUUCGGAGUCCCAGCAGGUGUACACAGUGACUCCCAGCAACAGUAUCGAUGGGGGUAACGAGCAGAGCGUUUUCCCCACCAAUUUGCUGGAACCCAUGCAGAUUGCUCAGCACUACCAGGAGUUCUCCAAGGAUAACUACGGACCGGGGUACUUCCCCAACCAGGAAGAUCUUAACCCAACGGAGGCCAUCGUCCGCAAUGAGGUGAGCCCAAUCUACACCACACUGGCCACCACAACGCCUUCAACCACCACGACCACAACAACUACAACCACUGAGGCUCCAUUGACCACAACCACGACAACACGUCGCUCGCCUUUCGUGAGGAGGAACUAUCCACGACUGCGGACAACCACAACGACAGAGGCACCAGUGACCUCCACCACACCCUCGGAGGAGAGGCCCUCGAUCCGCUCUCGUCUGCCACCUCGUCGCGUGGUGAAGGUGCGCCAGCGACAGCGUCGCCCUUCGCAUCCUGCCUCCUCUUCAACAGUGGCGCCCGAGGAGGAAUCCGAACCCAUCACCCAGAAGCCAAGUCUGCGUAAGCUGAGCCGUUACAACAACCAAGAGCCGAAGGAAAAGGAGGCAACAGUGUCCCCCAUCACCCAUCGUCGUCGUUACAAGCAACCCUUCCAACUGGAGGGUCAGGAGUCCCAGUGGUCGCCAUCAUCGGAAACAGCCAACAGCAAUACCAACACAAACAGCUUCAAGCCACUGAGUCCCAAGUACAAAACGGAGACACACAACUUCGACAGUGAACCGGAGAUUGUGACUGCAGGACCAACCAAUCAGCCGGAAACCUACGAGAUCAAUGUGGCUGCUGAUCUUGGAGGAUCGGCUGUUCAGCGCACCACCAUCAUGGCACCCAAUCUCAAGCCAGAGAAAUCCUUUGCGGAGUUGUUGGAGGAAGUGAUGGGCAAGGCACCAGAGGAAUCGACCACUGAAUCCACUAGCAGUACUGUGAGUCGGCUCAGUAGACGUGGCAAGUGGCAAAAGAAGAACCGUUUAUCUGGUAGCUCGGAUAACUCCGAGAACUUUGAGACGGCCGAAUCUCAGAAUCUGGGACCUCAGCUCUACAAUGCCCUUCAAGCUGCCAGCGAAAAGGAGGAGCUGCCUAAGACCACCACUCCGCUAACACCCGCCACCGAGGCUCAGACGGAAACUUUGGCGUUGACCACAACAGUAGCCCCUCCCACGACGCCCGAGGAGUACGAGGUGACCACCGCCCGUGGUGUAGAGGAGACCACCAUUACCUCCACCCUUCCCGUGAGCGAGGAGAGCGCCACGCGCCGUAUGGACACGGCAGCGGAUGUGGAUGAUCUGGAGGUCCAGCCCAGCAUCUUCUCGGAAGUGAAGAAGCAGCUGCAUGAUCUCUUCGCCGUCGAGGAGAGCGAUGACGAGGCAGUGACCGCUGCCCUGGCUGCCGUGGGCAAGCGUCGCCAGGAGUACACAAGCAUCCGGCGCACCAGUCCAUCAACGCCCUCGGAAGAAACCACUCUGGGGCCAGCGGAUGAGGUCACCACCACAGAAGCCACCGUGGCGGAGAGCAAAAAGGACAGCUUCCACAAGGAUCUGAUGGAGCAUGUGGUGUACGCCACUUCUACGUCGACCAAAGUCACCUCCGAGACAGAGAUCUGCUACCGCGGACGAUGCAUACGCUCCGAGGAUCUGCCCGCCAACCACAAACUGCACUGAACACACUCCUCCGGCAGCGGAAGGCGUAGAGAUUCAUCAUGUACAUAUGGGCAGAGGGGAUACGGAUGGGGUUCAGGGGUCCAACUCCAUGGAGGGUGGAUGGGACAGCUCUUCCAGCUGCGAUGGCCCAAAAUACAUAGCCGUAUCCACUUGUAAUUACCUAGCUUUAACUACAAAUAUGUUAAGGAUAAGCAGAUGGAUGUGUAUACAUCAGAUCGAUGGGCCUGGGAGUUUUAAGAUAGGGUGAAGAUAAUUCCAGGAGUUUAAAGAAAGAAAUUCAAAUAAGAUUAAUAAUAUUCAACAAAUUUUACUCUGUAAGAACAUUGAAUGAAAAAUCUAUUAGAGAACUUCACCUACGUAUAGCUUCCUUUGAUACACCCCUGAUAUUCCCAUUUAGAACAAUUAGUUGAUAGAAAUUAGACUUAGCAUUAUGUCAGGAUACCACAUAGCCAGCAUAUAAGUCUUGUACCAUAUGUACAUCGUUGUGUACUAACAAUACAAAUGCAACUACAAAUACCAAUAAAAACGAAACGAAAAAUCCA